AUGAAGUUGUUUACGAGCAGUUGCAUGUUUGAUUACCCGUGGGAGCAGGUGUCUGCUGCGAACUGGAACAAGUACCCGAACGAGGUUUCGACGCACGUCAAAGCGGUGGACGUUCUGAGACGGGAGCUGCGCCACGGCGGGCAGGUUUUGAUGACGGAGCGGCUGAUCACGGUGCAGCAGAGUGUGCCCCGGUGGAUCAUGGCUCUUGUGGGCGGGUCGAACCUCAGUUACGUCCGGGAGGUGUCGACGGUGGACUUGCGGGACCGCUCGCUUAAGAUGCGGUCCUGCAACCUCACGUACGUGAACAUUAUGAAAGUGUAUGAGACUGUGAACUACACACCGCAUCCAGAGGCGCCCCAGGGGAAGACUUUGUUUGAGCAAGAGGCUAAGAUUACAGCGUACGGUGCCUUUACGAGGCUUUGCAACUCGAUGGAGGACUUCUCCUUCAAGAGGUUCUGCGACAACGCGCAGAAGGGGAAGCGCGGGUUUGACUCCGUGCUCGAGGUGUUCGACCAAGAGAUGGACACUUUGGGGCUCUCGCAGCUUGUCUCGAGGGUCAACGAGACCGUCGAGGACGUACGUUCCUCAGCGGAGAACUGGUUUCAAGAGAUAGAGAGGAAGUGUACCAUCCUAUCUGAUUACCACGACUUCUUCAGCGAGGCGUUCAGAAGAGAAUGA